ACGAGGAGGAGCUUGCAGGCUCAAGUAGGGGAUGCCAAUCAAAGCAUCAACUUCAAAUUGUAUCUGAGAGAUCAGCCUGGAGACCUCAGGGCCAGGCGCGUCAGUCGGAGCGCAAUUGUUGAUCAGAUCACAUCCAGCGGACUUUGCGCGAGAAAAGAGAGGAAGCCGAGAUUUAAGAGCGGGCUUGUUUUGACUGCAUACCACUGUAUGUCUGUAGUAGCUGUGACUUUGGCUUAAACACUUUCCCUUUACUCCUCCGGGUUCUUUUUUUCUUUUCUUUUUUUCUCUCGCAUACUUUUUUGUUUUUUUUACGCACAGUUUUGUCGGACGGUACAACUACUGUGCGACUAUUUCGGCGGUGGAGAUGUCUUUCCCCCAGCUAGGCUACCCGCAGUACUUAAGUGCCUCCCAGGCGGUGUAUGGGAGCGACAGACCGGGAGUGCUUACGCCAUCGUCCCGGGGAGGGAGCACCGAAAUCGGGGGAAGUCCGUCCGCCACCGCAGCGGCGGUCACCUCGGUGUUGGGCAUGUACGCCAACCCGUACGCACACAACUACAGCGCUUUCUUACCGUACACCAGCGCGGACUUGGCUCUUUUCUCACAAAUGGGAUCCCAGUAUGAGCUGAAGGAUAGUCCUGGCGUCCAUCCUGCCAGCUUUGCAGCCCACACGUCUCCGGCCUUCUACCCAUACGGCCAGUUUCAGUACGGGGAUCCGGCCAGGCCCAAGAACGCCACCCGGGAGAGCACCAGCACCCUGAAAGCCUGGCUCAACGAGCACAGGAAGAACCCGUACCCGACCAAGGGGGAGAAGAUCAUGCUGGCCAUCAUCACCAAAAUGACGCUGACGCAGGUCUCGACAUGGUUCGCCAACGCCAGGAGGAGGCUCAAGAAGGAGAACAAGGUGACCUGGGGAAGCAGGAGCAAAGAGGACGGGGAGGACGGUAACUUGUUCGGCAGCGGAGACGAGGCGGAGAAAAACGAAGACGAGGAGGAGAUUGAUUUGGAGAGCAUAGAUAUAGACAAAAUCGACGACAACGACGGGGAUCAAAGCAACGAGGAUGAUGAUGAUAAAUCAACGGAGGGGAGCAGGGACCACAGGGGCGGUGUCGGUGCGGGGGGAGAGUUGGACAGCUUGGAGAAAAGACGGGCCUUCGCCCUACAGGCCCAUGAGGCCUUUGACAAAUCUAAGAGCACAAUUUCAGUUCACCCAGGGAGUAAAGACAACUCGGACGGCAACAACAACAACACCACAAGAGUUUUGUCCCCGGAUAGACCCGGGAGCUUUCCUCUCCCGUCAAACAAUAAGCCUAAAAUCUGGUCUUUAGCAGAGACCGCCACUAGUCCCGAUAGCUCAUCUCAGAAACCCACGUCCCCUUGUGGCCCAGCGGCCACCACUCACUCAUCAGCGCCCCACCACCAGAUCCAGACCCACCCGGCCUUCCUCCCCAGUCAUGGACUGUACACUUGCCAGAUUGGAAAGUUCCACAACUGGACAAAUGGAGCUUUCCUGGGCCAGAACUCCCUGCUAAAUGUGAGGUCGUUUCUGGGAGUAAACCAGCACCAUCACCACCACAACCACCACUUGCCGGCCCAGCAGCAGCAGCAGCAGCAACAGCAGCAGCAGCCGACAUCAGUGGUGGUGUCGCCGGUAGCAGCUGCAGCAGCACUCAGCAAUGACAGCAAGGCCUCACCAGAGACCCACAGUCCCAAACACAUAGACCAUGAAAACGGUGUAAGGUCUGUUUCACCUCCAACACAGAUCCUGAAGUCUUCCUUUCGACCCAUCCAUGACAGAUCCUCUCUGCCUUCCAGCGCCAGGAGUCCACAAGACGCCACGCAACGAGUCCUCACUGCUCUCUCCUCGGCUUGAUCAAGACAUUUUUUUUCGUGCUUGAAAAAAAAGGAAAAGAAAAAUAGAAAAAAAAGACUUUACACUCCCUAAAAAAGGACAUUGAGAAAUAAUAAUGCAGCGUAGCAUUCAGUCGGUACAGAACAAAUGGCGUAAUUUGGUAAUAUCCUGUGGAUGGAUGGAUUACUUCCUCUAUUGUUGUGUAGCCUAUAAUCGCGCCUAUAAUGUUACUCUCUUUCUCUCCACUUUGCCCAGGCAGGCUGGGACAUUUUGGUAGGCUUUUUACUUUAUUAUUAUUAUAAUUAUUAUUAUUAAUAUUAUUUUUGUCUCUAUCUUGUGUUUUUUGGUGUCCUUUCGUUAAUGUAAAUACCAAGUGAUUUAAAUUUGUAAAUAGGAAGCGUUGAAGGAAUUUGUCCAGAUCGUAUAUUUUGCCUAAUAAACUAAAUGAAAUUAUAGAGAAAACCCA